AGUGUUUACUGUUUACACACACGAUUUGGCGUUAUACUUUUUGGUGUUACUUAUGGAGAAUUCUAUACGUUUUAUAACGGUUUUAUACAAUUAUAAUAAUUAUUUGUGUUGGUUUUUUGGAUAAAUCGUCUUAUACGAAUAUAUUUUACGCUUAUAUUGACAAAAUGGUUGCAUCUAACUCCUGGCUCGCAUACUUGAAUAAAUUCAGGCUAUUUAAAUAUGGGAAGAUGAAUCGAAAGCUCACGUUCAAAAGACUCUAUAGCGUUGGUAAAAACGAUAAAGAAGAAGAAAAAUUAAAAGUUCCAUGGUUUUCUAAAUCGUGCACCGAAGGAUAUGAAAAAACUGAAACAUUUAUAAUUGGAAUAGAUUACGGUACAACUCAUUCCUCCGUUGCUGUUAUGGAUAAUAAACAAACUAAAGUUAUCGAAAAUACCGAAGGAUCGCGUACAACUUCUUCAGUUGUUGCAUUCACCAAAGAUGGUGAACAAUUAGUCGGAUCUUCAGCUAAGCGACAUGCGGUUACCAAUGCCCCUAACACGUUUUAUGCUACUAAGCGGCUGAUUGGAAGACGUUUCGAUGACGCUGAAGUCAUCAAUAUUAUGAAAUAUUUACCUUACAAAGUUACUAAAUCACCUGAAGGCGAUGCCUGGGUAGAAAGCGCCGACGGGGAAACGUUCUCUCCUAGUGAGAUUGCAGCAUUUAUUUUAAAGAAAAUGAAAGAAACCGCCGAAGCGUACUUGCAAACGCCUGUAAAAAAUGCGGUCAUCGCUGUACCUGCCUAUUUCAAUGAUUCUCAGAGACAAGCUACAAAAGAUGCUGCUCAAAAUGCUGGUCUUAAUGCUCUAAUCAUCGAUGAACAUACCGCAGCCGUAUUAGCUUACGGUAUCAAUAAUACUGACGACAAAGUUAUUGCUGUUUAUGAUUUUGGUGGAGGUACUUUCAACGUAUCUGUGUGUGAAAUCCACAACGGAGUUUUCGAAGUGAAAUCUACCAACGGUGAUUCGUUCUUGGGCGGUGAAGAUUUCGAUAACGUUUUGCUCGACUAUUUUGUAUUUAAUUUGAAAUCUGAUCAAGGAAUUGAUGUCACAAAAGAUCAAGUCGCUAUGCAGCGAUUGAAGGAAGCUGCCGAAAUUGCUAAAAUUGAGUUAUCGUCUUCCCUUGAGACCAGAAUCGAUUUACGGUAUGUGACAGUUGACACGUCUGGUCCUAAACACUUGCAUUUGAAAUUAACGCGAGCGAAGUUCGAACAUCUUGUCGCGGAAUUGAUCGAAAAAACCGUAGCUCCGUGUCAAAAAGCUUUACAAGAUGCUCAAGUCAACAAGUCUGAUAUUAGUGAAGUUUUAUUAGUCGGUGGUAUGACUAGAAUGCCAAAGAUAAAAGCUACUGUGAAAGAAAUAUUUGGAAAAAUAGCCAGUCGAACAAUCAGCGUUGACGAUGCCGUAGCUGUUGGCGCUGCUACGAAAGGUGGAAUAUUGCUUGGAAAAGCGACCGACACCCACCUGACACCAGCUAAUUCAUCUACGAAUAAUGACACGGAAUAUGUUAGAUUUUUAGAAGAUACUCUGGUUCAGGCGGUGCUUGGAGAUGAAGCUCUUGACCUAAUCGAGCCUCCAGUUGCACGAGAGUUGGUAGUGAAAAUCAUGAAACGACGACUAAGAUUCCCCGAUUUACCACCAACUCCGGCGCAACCUGGAUGUGUAUAUUAGGUGGAUUUUUCCUCAAAUCGCAGAAACGAGCUUACGUUUCAUAACCCUCACCCUGCGCUAGCAUUGAAAGUUUUACAGUCUGACGAUAAUAGACAAGCAGUAUUAGUGGCUCCUUGCAGUAGCAAGCGUGAUCGAUUUUCCCCUUCGACAAAAAUGUUUUCAAUCCAAUUAAAAUCCAUGACGCACGUUUAUUCCCAAUUUUGUCUUAUCGACUCAAGAAGAAUUGUUGAAGAAAAACCUUUAGCGACCAUAGAUUUAAGUAAAAAUUCGAAAUAUUAUGGUAUUAUAAAGCGAUUCGUUAAAUAUUUAUUCGAUUUCUGAGAGGAGCAAUCCUAUAUUUUUUUCCAAUUCGUGUUGACUGUUGUGUGUAUCCGUAAUUGUCUUGUGAAUGUAAAUUAUUAUCUCAAUUGUGAUUAAUAUAGGUACGUGUAUUUUUUUAAAAUAUUUAUACAGGAGACAUUUUAAAAAGUUUUGAAAAAUUAAAUUAUUACAUUCAUUGUUUA